UCACCACUGCACAGGCCACCAGUUUUUCACAUUUACGAUUUUUCUAGUGGGCAGGAAAGGCAUCGUUCCUGAUGACGUAACAGGAAGAUAAACAUGGCGUCUGGGCAGCAAUGGGUGUUAGUGGAGAUGGUCCAAGCUUUUUACGAGGCUCCUGCCUAUCACCUCAUUUUGGAGGGAAUCCUCAUCCUGUGGAUCAUCAGGCUGCUCUUCUCGAAGACCUACAAACUGCACGAGACCUACAAACUGACAGAGAAGGAGAAGGAAGACCUGAUUGAAGAAUGGCAGCCAGAGCCUCUAGUUCCUGUGUCCAAAGACAGUCUGAACCUCAACUACGAUGUUGUUACAGGACCCCCCAGUCACAGAAUUAUAAUCAAUGGAAAAGAGUGUGUAAACUUUGCCUCAUUUAACUUCCUGGGUCUUCUCGACAAUGAGCGGGUCAAGCAAAAGGCUUUAGCAUCACUGAAGAAAUACGGCGUAGGCACGUGUGGUCCACGGGGCUUUUAUGGAACCUUCGAUGUUCACCUGGAGCUGGAGGGCCGUCUGGCUAAAUUCAUGAGAACAGAGGAGGCCAUCAUCUACUCGUACGGCUUUGCAACGAUAGCCAGUGCCAUCCCUGCCUACUCCAAGAGGGGGGACAUCAUCUUUGUGGAUGAAGCAGCCUGCUUCUCCAUCCAGAAGGGUCUCCAAGCGUCACGCAGUCUCAUCAAGUACUUUAAACACAACGACGUGGAGGAUCUGGAGCGGCUCCUCAAGGAGCAGGAGCUGGAGGACCAGAAGAAUCCUCGAAAAGCUCGAGUGACACGGAAGUUCAUUGUCGUGGAGGGCUUGUACAUCAACACUGCAGACAUCUGUCCUCUCCCUGAACUGGUCAAGCUGAAGUACAAGUACAAGGUUCGGAUCUUUCUGGAGGAGAGCAUGUCUUUUGGCGUGUUGGGGGAACACGGUCGAGGCGUCACAGAGCACUUUGGGAUCAACAUAGAUGACAUUGACCUGAUCAGCGCUAACAUGGAGAACGCUGUGGCCUCCAUCGGAGGCUUCUGCUGCGGACGCUCCUUCGUCAUUGACCACCAGCGUCUGUCAGGGCAAGGCUACUGCUUCUCCGCUUCGCUGCCUCCCAUGUUGGCGGCUGCUGCCAUCGAGGCCCUCAACAUCAUGGAGGAGGAUCCUGAUAUUUUUGCUGUUUUGGAGAAAAAGUGCAAACGUGUUUUCAAGGCUCUACAAGCGGUUCCAGGUUUGAAGUUAGUGGGGGCACCGUUCGCACCAGCUCUUCAGUUACAGUUGGAGAGAAGUUCAGGCUCCAGAGAGUCAGACGUGCAGCUGCUCCGCAGAAUCGUAGACUAUUGUCUGGAGCGACGUGUGGCCGUCACUCUGGCUCGUUACCUAGAGAAAGAGGAACGCUUCCUCCCCCCGCCCAGCAUCAGAGUGGUGGUCACCGUGGAACACACAGAGGACGACAUCCAGGAGGCUGUGGCGUGUAUCCAAGAGGCAGCUUCAGCCAUCCUCAAAUGACGGCGUAUUUAGUCAGCUCUGCCAGUGGACUGACACGGGAACGCACACACCUUCUAAUCCUGCUUUUGUUUUCUAUUGUUCUCAGUUGUAAGAAUACACUGAUUCCAAAGUAACUUGAUUUCAGUUUGUGUUGGUAUCAGUGUUUUCAGCUUUUUGUUAGUUAUCAUGUCAUAAUCCAACUGUCCGUUGUUUUUGCUGUAGUCAUGGAAAUGUAGGAAUAUUGAUCAGAUCAUUUCAUGUCAAAUAAACAGAUUUUUACAACCAAACUUUCUCAGGUGU